GGCGCCGGGGCCCCCGCGGGAAAGCGAAAGUGUCGGGGUGCGCGGGGGGAGGGGCACACGGAGCCGAGGGCCAUGGACGGGCUCGGCCGCCGCCUGCGAUCCAGCCUGAGAUUCAAGCGCGGCCGUGGGGUUUCAGCGCCUCCACAAGAUAGCACUGGGGCCACAGACAAGGAACCAGAAAGGACUCAGGAAUACAGUUUGUCCAACCUCACUGGAGGCCAGCACUUCUUUGAAUACCUUCUUGUGGUUUCCCUAAAAAAAAAGCCCUCCGGGACCAAUUAUGCACCCACAAUCACCUACCAGUUUCCCAAGCGGGAGAAUCUGCUUCGGGGCCAACAGGAGGAGGAGGAGCGGCUGCUCAAAGCCAUUCCCUUAUUCUGCUUCCCAGACGGAAACGAGUGGGCACCGCUUACUGAGUAUCCCAGGGAGACCUUCUCCUUUGUUCUGACCAAUGUGGACGGCAGCAGGAAGAUUGGCUACUGCAGGCGCCUCUUGCCCGCCGGCACCGGCCCUCGCCUCCCGAAGGUAUACUGUAUCAUCAGCUGCCUCGGCUGCUUCGGCUUGUUCUCCAAGAUCCUGGACGAAGUGGAGAAGAGGCAUCAGAUCUCCAUGGCGGUCAUCUAUCCCUUCAUGCAAGGCCUUCGAGAGGCGGCCUUCCCUGCUCCUGGGAAGACUGUCACUCUCAAGAGCUUCAUCCCCGACUCAGGAACUGAGUUCAUCUCGCUAACGAGGCCUCUGGACUCCCACCUGGAGCAUGUGGAUUUCAGUUCUCUUGUGCGAUGUCUCUGUUUUGAGCAGAUUCUCCAGAUCUUUGCCUCUGCAGUGCUAGAGAGAAGGAUCAUCUUCCUGGCAGAUGAUCUCAGCACCUUGUCUCAGUGCAUCCAUGCUGCUGCCGCUCUGCUCUAUCCCUUCAACUGGGCACACACCUACAUCCCUGUCGUCCCUGAGAGCCUUUUGGCCACCGUCUGCUGCCCCACCCCCUUCAUGGUUGGAGUACAAAUGCGUUUUCUGCAGGAGGUCCUGGACAGCCCUAUGGAAGAGGUCCUGUUGGUGAAUCUCUGUAAUGGCACCUUCAUAAUGUCAGUUGGUGAUGAAAAAGAUAUACUGCCCUCCAAGCUUCAGGACGACAUUUUAAACUCUCUUGGCCAGGACAUCAGUGAUUUACAGACUUCAGAGCAAAUCAACGAGCAUGUUUCAGGUCCUUUUGUGCAGUUCUUUGUCAAGACUUUGGGCCAUUAUGCUUCCUAUAUCAAGCGGGAGGCAAAUGGACAAGGCCAUUUCCAAGAAAGGUCUUUCUAUAAGGCUCUGAGUAACAAGCUUGUCAGGAGAUUUGUGAAGAAGUUUGUGAAGACACAGCUCUUUUCCCUUUUCAUUCAAGAAGCAGAGAAAAGCAAGAAUCCUCCUGCAGGGUAUUUCCAACGGAAAAUACUUGAGUAUGAGGAACAGAAGAAACAGAAGAAAUCAAAGACUGUGAAAUAAGGGUGACAGUGAGCAGGACUGACACGAUCAACAGGCCAGUUCUGGACUCUGGUCUGCAGGAUAGCAUCAGCCAAGCUCUCGGCCUGCACACUCCACAGGGCUCUGAGUCCUGACUCCUGGCCUUGCAUUGAGCUGGUGUCUGAGUGUGGAAUCCUGGAAUCAGCUGUCUCAUGCCCCUGGGAGGCUUUGACCUCCUUGCUCACGGAGCUGGGCUCCAAGCUGCCUUUCUUCCGAGGUGAUCCAGAGCCAACACAGUAGCACAGGUGGUUAGGGACUUACUUAGAAGCUGCUGCAACUGUCCUCUCCUGGGAGCCACUUUUUAUAGUUUUCCACAGAGGUAGCAGUUGGCCCCAGGCCUCAGUCUCUCCGAAUUUAAAAAAAAAAAGAAAAAGAAAACAAGAGGUCUGUGGGCAUGUGAGGAUAAGAAUAAAGAUCAAAAUAAAAAUUUUCCUGUGGUUAAUGUGCACGUUUGGUUCCCAGUAUGAGGGGAGAAGCAGGAAAAUUGAGGAUGAACUAGA